AUGAAGAUCACUAAGGAGCUUAGUCAAGCCCCAAUUAUCCUAGGAAGACCUUUCUUAGCUACUGCAAAAGCCGUUACAGAUUGGGGAAAAGGAGAAGUGAUUCUUAAGGUGGGAGAGCAUACGGUGAAGGUCAACAUCAACAAGUUGAUGAAGUAUCCUUCACAAGCUUUCGAGGAUUUGGGUGCCAUCGACCUAUUUGAUGAUCAAGACAUAGAGACUUGCAUCGAAGAAGUCAUGACGGUCAACGAGGGAGCUGAUUUCGAGGAGCUACCGUUGGACGAUCCGACAGGGGAGCUCAAGCCUCUUCCAUCUACACUCAAGUACGCUUUCCUUGACUCUCAGCAGGUUAAACCAGUGAUCAUUUCUUCCCAGCUCAAUGAGGAGCAGGAGAAACGAGUACUCGACGUAUUACGACGGAAUGAGCAAGCAAUCGGAUGGACUCUAGCAGAUUUGAGGGGAUUAGACCCUUCAUUAUGCACUCAUCGCAUAUUCUUGGAGGACGAGUUCAGACCCGUAAGGGAAGCCCAGUGCCGACUUAAUCCUAAGGUAUGGGAAGCCGUUAAGGAAGAGAUUCUUAAGUGGCUUAAUGCAGAGAUUAUCUAUCCCAUAUCGGAUAGCCAGUGGGUUAGUCCCGUGCACGUGGUUCCCAAGAAGGCAGGAGUUACAGUGACUGUGAACGACAAAGGAGAGGAGAUUCAAACACGCCUCUCGACGAAGUGGCGAGUUUGUAUCGACUACCGGAAGUUGAAUGCAGCGACGAAGAAAGAUCACUUCCCGUUGCCAUUCAUCGAUCAAAUCCUUGAUCGACUAGCAGGUCAGACUUACUUUUGUUUCUUGGAUGGUUAUUCAGGGUACAACCAGAUUGCGAUUCAUCCGGACGAUCAAGAAAAGACGACGUUCACAUGUCCCUUUGGCACGUUCGCAUUUAGGCAAAUGCCAUUUGGAUUGUGUAACGCCCCUUCGACAUUCCAGAGAUGUAUGACGGCGAUAUUUGCCGAUUUCCUUGGCGACAGUCUCGAAGUUUUGAUGGACGAUUUCUCUGUCUUUGGAGAUGAUUUCGACAGCUGUCUAACUCACCUGACAAAGAUCCUCGAGGUCUGCGUGGAAACGACUGGUAUUGAGUUGGGAGAAAUCCCAUUUUAUGGUGCGAGAGGGAGUAGUGCUUGGGCAUCUUGUCUCGGGCAAAGGUUUGGAGGUUGAUAAGGCCAAGAUUGAGGUCAUUCAAAACCUUCCUCUCCCCACUACAUUACGAGAUUUACGUAGUUUUUUAGGACACGUUGGUUUCUACCGCAGGUUUAUACGAGAUUUUGCUAAAGUUUCCAAACUGCUAACUACUCUUCUUUGCAAGGAUAAAGACUUUUUUAUAGAUAAAGAAGGGGAGUGCGCAUUCGAGAUGUUGAAGCUCGCCUUGAUCGAAGCACCAAUUCUUCAAAGUCUUAAUUGGGACUUGCCUUUCGAGAUCAUGUGCGACGCCUCAGACUAUGCAGUUGGAGCGGUGUUGGGACAGCGGAUAGAUAAGAAGCCAACAGCUAUAUGGUAUGCGAGUAAGACCCUUGCUGAAGCUCAAAUGAAUUACACGACGACAGAAAAGGAGCUCUUAGCGGUGGUCUACGCGUUAGAGAAGUUCAGGCCUUACAUCUUGGGAAGCAAGAUUGUUAUUUAUACAGAUCAUGCAGCGUUAAAGUACUUGUUUUCCAAGAAGGAGGUGAAGCCACGAUUGAUACGAUGGGUGCUACUUCUUCAAGAGUUUGACUUGGAGAUUAGAGAUAAGAAGGGCAGCGAAAACUCGGUGGCGGAUCACCUAUCUCGUCUUCACAUUUCAGGUACGGGAGAUAUUAGUGAUUCUUUUCCUGAUGAGCAUCUUCUUGCAGUAUCUAGUCAUGCUCCUUGGUUCACGCAUAUCGUCAAUUUUCUAGUGACAGGAUCGAUCCCAGAUCAUUGGAACCGGCAUCGUAAAGAUAAGUUCUUCCAUGAACUCAAAUAUUAUUAUUGGGAAGAACCACUUUUGUUCCAUGUAGGAUACGAUCAAAUUAUACGGCGAUGCGUAGCAGAAGAAGAACAAGGAAGCAUAUUAUCGAUGUGUCACUCAUCAACGUGUGGAGGACAUUUUGCCGCGCGAAAGACAGCAGAUAAGAUUUUACAAAGCGGUUUUUAUUGGCCCACCAUCUUCAAGGAUGCCCACCGUUUCUAUAUAGAGUGCUUACAAUGCCAGGCAGCAUUAAACAUCUCCAAGCGAGAUGAAAUGCCAAUGAGGCCUAUCCUUGAAGUGGAGAUAUUUGAUUUAUGGGGGAUCGACUUUAUGGGACCUUUUCCACCUUUUGAUGGGAAAGAAUAUAUUUUGGUAGCGGUUGAUUAUGUGUCUAAGUGGGUGGAGGCUAUUUCCACUAGGACAAACACUCAUCGGGAAGUACUCAGGUUUGUAACGAGAAACAUCUUCUCCCGAUACGAUUGUCCGAGGGCCAUAAUCAGUGACGGAGGCUCGCACUUCAACAAUGCACACUUUCGUGCAUUAUUGAAGAAAUAUGGAGUACAUCAUCGCGUCACUACACCGUACCACCCCCAAGCUAAUGGGCAAGUUGAAGUGAGCAACCGAGAGGUCAAGAAUAUUUUAAAGAAGAUCAUUCGACCAGACGGUAAGGAUUGGGGGCACAAGCUUCCAGAUGCAUUAUGGGCGUAUAGAACGGCUUACAAGACACCUAUCGAGAUGUCUCCGUUCCGACUCGUAUUUGGGAAGGCGUGCCAUCUGCUAG